AUGGGUGAUCACGGCAACCGAAUAGGACUUGUGCAGUAUUCAUAUUCUGGAAGAAUCGAGGAGCGCAUGCCUUUGAUGGCUAUCCGUUUACCGCCCAAAUUCAAAGAAUUACAUCCAAAGGAAUAUUUCAAUUUUAUGGCAAACAAGUGGAAGUUGACAAGCAAUUUCGAUAUUCAUCAAACUUUGAAGGAUAUAGCUCUCAUGAAAUUUGGCAGCUCAAGAAGAUCCGUGACGCAAAAUUAUGGUCGAGGGAUUAGCCUUUUUGAUGAGAUCCCUGACAAUAGGACUUGUUUUGAUGCCUAUAUUCCUGAGAACUUUUGCACUUGUUUGAUAAAUCGUUCAAAUCUUGUGCCUGAAACUGAGAGAGCUGCAAAGCAAGAGAAAAUUCUAUCAGCUAUUAUUUCAUUUCUCGGAAACAAAGAGCUUGGUGACUGUUUCAGGCUUGAAAAAAUCGCGAUAGUAGAUAAUGCUACCGUACUUGGUUUGAAUCCAUUAGCAAGGUAUGGAUUCCGCAAAAAGGACAGUGCUGCACAUAUGGAAGAAGCUAGGAAAAAGGACCCAAAAAUGGAUGUGAGUGGACUACCUCAUUUUCAAUUUUGAGA